ACCGGCGGUUAGCAAACUGGUGGGUGGUCGUGACACUGUCCAGUACGACAAUAUGAUCAAGCACAACGUAGCAAUAAGCUACUCGCGCGCCGACAUUCCGGAGCUGCAGAGCAAGAUUGAGCAAGCCAAGCAGGUCGUCGCGGAUCGCUACGCCAAGGUUAGCGCUCUUGAGGCGCAGAACGCUGCGAGCCAAGCCAAAAUCCAGCAGCUUGAGAAGGACGCCGAAUCGGUCGCACUUCUCAAGGAAGAGGCGAUGCUCGGGCGACACAAGCUGCAGCGCCGCUUCUCUGAUGUCGGUGGCCACGAAGAGACGCUCAAAAUACUCAUUUCAGCGCUUGCAGAGACGAAAGCGGAGGUCGCUCGCUUGCGCCAGGAGAAGGCGCAUUUGGUCAACGGUCGAAAAGACAUGGAGAAGGAGGUAGCGGGCCUUCAGGGCGCUAUCGCCAAGUCCCAAGCCAAGAGCGAGUCGUACAAACAAGUGUACAACCAGGUAGUGACCAAGCAGCGGGACGUGGAGGCCAAGCUGCACCAGAUCGCGACCUUCUUGACGGCCACAACAUAAUCAGAAGUAGUGGAUAGUUUUUUUGGUUUAUGGUUUAUCGUCGACAAUCGACCUCAUAAGUUAUCGUUGA